CCAAGAAUGCAGGGUCGCUGAGCCGAGAUCCGCACCGAGUGGCCGCUCAGGAACCCUGCUGAGCCCAGCGCCUACGCCACCGCCGCCCGCCGCAGAGACUGCGUUGUCCGGCGACUCUCGGGGACCCGGGGCGCCGAGCUCUGCCCAACUAGGCUCAGGACACGAGCACAUUUCAGACCCGAGACGAUGGUUUCUUAAGCACGGCCCCGAACCCCUUCCUGCCCCUUCGUCCGGAGCCCGGGACCCCGAGAAGGGCUCGCAGGCGGCUUCUGGUCCCCGCUCCAACUCUGGCCGCCGCUCCGCGGGGCACCUCUCCCGCAGGCAGGGGCGCUCGGGCGAUGUGGCCUCAGGGCAGCGAGCGGGAUGGCAGGGCUCCUGGUGCAGUCCCGGCCUAGCAUGGCCCGCCCGUCGUCAGUCGCCUGCGGCUAGGAUGGCCCCCUCGGGCCCCGCUGGUGCCCAGCCAGGCCCGGCUGAGCCAUUGUCGCGCAGCAUCUUCAGGAAGUUCUUGCUGAUGCUCUGCUCGCUACUCACUUCCCUCUACGUCUUCUACUGCCUGGCCGAGCGCUGCCAGCCCGGGUCAGGCCCCGUCGCGGGGGUCCCGAGGAGCGGCGUCUCUGCAGGACCGAGGGAGCUGGCGGCGUGGCCGGCGGGGGCGCAAAGGAAGCGCCUCCUGCAGCUGCGGCAAAGGCGGAGACGCGGGCGGCCCGGGCGAGAAGACAGCGGCGACCAGGAUGAGCAGAGCCCUGGGCUGACUGCGGCUCCAGGAGGCUCCGGGGCGGGAAGCAGCGUGGCGGAGGCCCAGUCCGGGACCCUGGCCCUACUCCUGGACGAGGGUAGCAAGCAGCUGCCGCAGGCCAUCAUCAUCGGCGUGAAGAAGGGAGGCACGAGGGCGCUGCUGGAGUUUCUGCGCGUGCACCCCGACGUGCGCGCAGUGGGCGCCGAGCCUCACUUCUUCGACCGCAGCUACCACAAGGGCCUCGCCUGGUACCGGGACCUGAUGCCCAGAACCCUGGAGGGACAGAUCACCAUGGAGAAGACCCCCAGCUACUUCGUGACUCGGGAGGCACCAGCGCGCAUCUCGGCCAUGUCCAAGGACACCAAGCUCAUCGUGGUGGUGCGCGACCCCGUGACCAGGGCCAUCUCGGACUACACGCAGACGCUGUCCAAGCGGCCGGACAUCCCCAGCUUCGAGAGCCUGACGUUCCGCAACCGCAGCGCGGGCCUCAUCGACACGUCCUGGAGCGCCAUCCAGAUCGGCCUGUACGCCAAGCACCUGGAGCCCUGGCUGCGCCACUUCCCGCUGGGCCAGAUGCUCUUCGUGAGCGGGGAGCGGCUGGUCAGCGACCCGGCUGGGGAGCUGCGCCGCGUGCAGGAUUUCCUGGGCCUCAAGCGCAUCAUCACCGACAAGCACUUCUACUUCAACCAGACGAAGGGCUUCCCGUGCCUCAAGAAGGCGGAGGGCAGCGGCAAGCCGCACUGCCUGGGCAAGACUAAGGGUCGCGCGCACCCCGCCAUUGCGCGCGAGGUGCUGCGGCAGCUGCGUGACUUUUACAGGCCCUUCAACCGCAAGUUCUACCAGAUGACCGGCCGCGACUUCGGCUGGGAUGGAUAG